ACGGAGCUACCUCUUUUUCCCUUGGGCUGUGCGGGAGCGCGCACAAUAAGAUGAGCGGAGCGAUUAAGGUACCUCUUUCGCUCUUGACCCAACACUAUUCACAACGUCCACAAAACGGUUGUACAACAACAAAGGUUCAGAUCACCCUGUGCCGGCAAAAGGGUUUAUAUUGGAAGCAUUGGAGUGUGUUCUAUAAACAUGUGUUGACAGCAAAGGGUUUAAGCAUGGCCGUUGAAUUGAAACGAUAUAAUUUUGCACGGGAGUGCAAGCUUCAUCGGAAACUGUGGUCGAGUGAAAUUGGUUGAUCAAUAUUGGAAUAUAUUACAAGACAGACUGCGGGUUCGUGUGCGCGGAGAAGAAACGAAAUCGAAGUUGUUUUCAACAGCGCACCCAAGAAAUAACUACUGAACCAGCUCAAUGAUGAACGACAUAGCAGCACCGACCAUACGGAUAGAGGUGGCUUGCACACGCGGGUUUAAUAAGGCGGAGCAGAGUUGUUUGGUGUACCAGCAUGUUCACGACAUUUUAGAAGAACGGGAAACAAUUCAAAUGGGCACUACGUUCACCAUACCGGUCCCAUUCGUUUUGCAAGUCGAGGUGUGCACGGAUAUUGACCAGUAUAUGGUACGUUCAGCGCUUUUGUUCAAUUUCUACGUGCUCCAGGAGACGCCUGCCGUGGCGGAAACCAUCAAGCACUAUUCAGAAGAAAUGGAAAUAUCCCAGCAUAUGCUACUUCCGUCACAAGAGUUGCACGGCCUGUGGGAGAGCUUGAUCUACGAGGAAGGCAUAAAGGAUAAAAUGCUGGCGUUUGCCGAAACCUCCAUGCUUUUCGCACGAAAGGGUGUUGAUAAGAAUCUGAUCACUUGCAAUCGUCUGGCGUUGUUUCACGGACCGCCGGGAACGGGCAAAACGAGCCUCUGUAAGGCCGUUGCUCAAAAGUUGGCCAUAAGAUUAAACGAGCAAUACCGACAUGCCCAUCUGGUGGAGAUCAAUAGUCACAGUUUGUUCUCACGCUGGUUCUCCGAGAGUGGCAAGCUGGUGCAGAAAGUGUUCAGCGAGAUAGUCGCAUUGCUAGAAGAUGAACAUUCCCUGGUGUGCGUUCUUGUAGACGAGGUUGAAUCCAUUGCAUACGCUAGGGAAAGAAUUUCUUCAAACGAACCGAGCGACAGUAUACGGGUGGUAAAUGCCGUUCUAACUCAGCUAGAUCGUCUACGCCAUUUCCCAAACGUAUUUAUCCUCGCAACUUCCAACCUAACUGACAGUAUCGAUACGGCGUUCCUUGAUAGAGCCGAUUUCGUGCAGUACAUAGGCCACCCAACGGAACAUGCCAUCUACGAAAUUUAUCGUACGGCUUUGCACAACCUGCAAGCCAAUGGGAUUGUUGAGAAAGAAGGAAAAUUCAAUCGACGACUAUCGGCACCGGCGUUUGAAGGUAUACCGAGCUACGAGGAUGCCACAGAUCCUGGAAGAGCAAGUUGCACUGUUCUCGACAUUCUACUGCAGAUCGUUAAGCUGUCGGCAGGACAAAGCGGACGAACGUUGCGCAAAAUUCCUUUUCUUGCGCAUGCCCUGUACGUAAAGAAGGAAACGGACAGUAUGAUAAAUUUCCUAACCGCCAUGCGUCAGGCAAUUCGUAAGGUGCAACAUGAUAAGCAAACGCUAUUGCAUGAUAAGAAAAUGGAGCAAGUUGUUACUUCUUUGCAUAAAUCGCUAUAAGCUUCUGGAAUACGAAUAAGUUUGUACCCUUUAUAUAAUGAAUGAGGUAUUAUUAGAGAACUAGAAUUGCAUAUUUCUUUGUUGGCUGUUUGGGAGCUAAGCUGUUAUCAAAUGAAGCUGCAGUCGAUAUACUCUCUGUACACUAUACAGGUUAAGCUGAGCAACAGCAUGAGCCAAGCGACGGUAUGAAAAGCGACAAAUACUGUUCCAUAAAAGAUGUUCGACAUCACUCGAAGACUGCUAUUUAGUGCUAUCGCGUAACAAGUGUCCAAAAAGAGUAAACACAGGCACAGUGGUAAAAGAUCCACCAGUUCUGCUACAUGUUGGUACUGCAGAAGAGAGAAAAAUAAAAUGUGUUCAAUCCUCACUGAUGAA